UGCUCUCGCCGUAGCCUUUAGAGCUAAAAGAACACAAGCCCCCCUCCUCUCCCUUGUUGGUUCUUCCUUCAUGGAGGAGGGGGUACCGGUGAAAGAUGUCACCAUCAUGGCCCAAACUCCCCGCCACACGCUGCCGGCGAAGAAGCGGAGCACCCUGAGCAUCUUCCGUGCCGCUAUCGUCGCGCUCAGCGGCUGCUCCGCCAGCAAGAAGGAUGCUACCCUGGGUUCCCCGACGGGCGCCGACGGGAUGCUGAAGACCCUCGUGGGCAGCAUGCGCCCUCUCGGUCUCCCGCUCGAGUACCGCCCUCCGCUUCCUCUGCUACCGCCGCCGCCGCCCGCCGGGCACGAGUCCUUUCACGAUGCGUACCUUCUGCCCUCGCCCUCGUGCUCCUCCAGCGACGGCAUGAGCCGCUACGCGUCCGCGGAGGAUCUCCAGUUGCUGGACGAUGCCGACGACAGCACCGAGGCGGACGCCGGGGCUCCGAACGCGAUCGACAUGAAGGCCGAGGAGUUCAUCGCCCGGUUCUACGAGCAGAUGAGGCUUCAGCGUCAGGAGUCCUCCGGUGGCAGCAACCAGGCCGCGGCCUAACUCUACUUCCGAGCGGCGCGCUGUGUUAUGUGAUUGCGUGAGAGCCCAUUCAUGAGAGAGCAAAAUGGUUGGUUGUGUCACGUCUCUUAUUCGCUCCACUUGAAAUCAUUCCAAACAAAAGCAAUGAAUUGGCUAUUUCAUUAA